AUGGCCUUAACUGAGUAUGACAUCCAAUAUGUCACCCAAAAAGUUGUCAAAGGAAGUGUCUUGUCAGACUAUCUUACCCAUCAACCCUUGGAAGACUAUCAGUCAAUGCACUUUGAAUUCCUCGACGAGGAUAUUAUAUUGAUAAGGGAUUGCAAUAUUCUCGGUCCCGAGGAAGGACCAAAACCUGGCUCACGAUGGACACUUAUGUUUGAUGGCGCUUCAAACGCCCAAGGCAAUGGAAUUGGGGAAGUUAUCACAUCUAUAACUGGUUUUCACCUACAAUCCACUGCGAGGUUGUGCUUUGGUUGCACCAAUAAUAUGGAAGAGUAUGAAGCUUAUAUCUCCGACAUUGAAAUAGCUAUUGAUCUAAGUAUCAAGAUCCUCGAAGUCUAUGGAGAUUCAGCCUUGGUCAUCAGCCAAGUGAAAGGAGAUUGGGAAGCUCGAGAUCAUAAAUUUAUCCCAUACAAGGAGCAUGUCCUAAAGUUAAUCCCAUACUUCGACGGAAUCACAUUCCAUCACAUCCCUCAAGAGGAGAAUCAGUUGGUCGAUGCCUUAGCUACUUUGUCAUCCAUGUUUAAGGUCAAGUGGAAAAAUGAAGCACCAUCUAUCCGCAUUGACUACUUGGACGAACCAGCCUACUACUUGGCAUCCAAAGACGAGUCUGAUGGCCAUCCCUGA